GCCCUAGUGCCUCCCAGAUAUGAGCGUACAUAUGAAGGGUUGCUACUUUUGAUUUUAUGCAUAUCAGACCAUUUCACUAUUGUAUGCAACAGUUCCAGCAAUUGACCAUGUAAAAUUCAUUCACACAUGGCUAUCUUAAUUUAAAUGAAUUUAAUAAGAAAUAAUCAAGAACGUCCAGACCCUCUGCACCAAAUUGAACGACUCUUUUGGGAAGAUACUGUGAUGUGAUGGAUCCAAUUAAAUUAUCAUGGCUAUGGGUCCAGACAUGGAGCAGCUGGGCCACACUAGUCCUUCUUGUGGCCGCUUUAGGAAACCCAAUCAGACGAGGAUUGGCCGCAAGAUUAUUUAAUUACUGACCAAAAAUCCAAGUUCAGCCUUUGCUCCAGUCUGCUCCUUGUAAAUGAGGUGUCUAAACAGUGUUUUGUUUUGUUUGUUCAAUAUCCAUGACUAAGGUUUUCCUGACAACGUUGAUUUCCAUUAGGCAUUUUCUUGUGUCUACAGACAACACCAAAGAACCACACACACGCGGCAAUUCUCAAUAAAUCUUAGUCAAGAGAUCAAACUGGCGCGAGGGCGGUUCUCGUGUGACCGAUCCCUCAUGCAGUCUAUGUCCAUACUCGCCGGGUAACACUACACUUGUCAAAGUAAUUACAUCAUUUGUACUACUUUAGAUGAUGCGCCGCACGGUCUUCGAUGGCCGACUCAUUCAGAAAACUAUGUGACGUAGACCAAGAAAGGGAAGUACUAAACGAGUGGGAGUAGGCUUCGCUACAAGCCAGCCAGACUUCAUGCACACAUUGAAUAGGGACCACAAGCUCAAUGACACAAGCUUACAGCGGAGUCCCCCGCACACGGUAAUCGCAGACGUUCAAACCCUGUGGGAUCACACAUGGACGCAUGACCACAGCGUUUCCGUCGCAUACUCUACCGCCAGGUCUGGUCUAAAAUUGUGCUGCAAUUAUUUAUUCAGGCAGUUGCUAGAGGGUGAAAGUGUAGUUCGAAAGGAUCGUAAACGAUUUCUCUUCCGUCUUUCUGUUGCUUUUAAUGUUCACGGGGUUGACAAAACCGUGGAAAAAGCUCUGUUUUCCAUAAACUACAUAAACUUCGUAUGGGAAAUACCAGCUCGCCUCGACAUCAUUCUCUGCCAACUGCGCAUUGGUGGUUGCGUUCUACUGCGGGAAAGAAAUUUCGCUUCCACUGAGACUUUUACGCCUGAAACUCACUCGCUACUUUCCCAUGGAUUUCACUCCCAGCCUCUGAAAAAGGGGCGUAAGCUACCAUAUGCGGAGAUCAGACAUUCCUACUCGUGCGGUUACAGAGCGCAAUCUUGGGCCACGUAAUGAUGGUAGCGCAUGGAAGUUGAAUUAACCCAUCUGACCGGAUCGGAUGCUCUAUCACAAUUUCUUAAACAUCUACGUGCCCGUCAUUAAAACAAAAGGGGACGGGAUAUAGACGUUUUGUUGCUGGGGCAAUUGGGCCUGCAAAAUACAAUCAAAUGAAGUGGUUCACUUUCUUACCGGGGGUUGAUGCGACACAAGUUCAGCGAAUUUGCAGGUACAUCACAAUAGAAGCUGUUGCAAUUGUGUCAGUUUCGGUUGGUCUAAGUCAAAUGAUUGUGCAGUCUUUUCACAUGUAUUGAUCUUAACGGUGUUCGCUUACAGCGAUUGUACUAUUGUAUACCAUUAUGGCAAACGACAAUUCCUAUGACAACCGCGAUAUUGUACAGAACUACAUUUAUCACAAACUUCUAAAGAAGGGAUACGUAUGGGAAUUCAACAGCAUAGCAGACAUUGACUCUCCAAAUAACGGAUUAGCGGAUAACUCUGAAGUUUACGCUCGGAGACUGCACGCAGACGCGGCUGGAGACAACCCAGACUCCCCGGUGUCCUCCCUGCGCUCGCAGCCAGACCCGCACGCCAGGCUAAACCGGGUCCUCCGCGAGGCAGGGGACGAGAUAGAGAGGAUGUACCAGCGGGACUUUGCCGCCAUGGGGGAUCGCCUGCACUUCACCCCAGGUACCGCGCAGAGGAAAUUCACCGCGGUCGCCGAGGAGCUGUUCAGCGAUGAUGGGGUGAACUGGGGUCGAAUCGUCGCAUUUAUCGAAUUCGGUGGGACCAUGUGCGUAGAGAGCGUUAACCGGCAGAUGGUGCCCCAAGUGGAUCUCAUAGCACACUGGAUGACGGAGUAUCUAGACGGUCCACUCCACAACUGGAUUGAGCAGAACGGCGGCUGGGAUGCGUUUGUGGAGUUGUAUGGCCAACCGCAGGGUGCCGUGCCUCCAUCCUGGCCUUACCUGAAAACCGUGUUGGGAAUGGCAGCCUUGGGCGCGGCUGGCGUCACCAUCGGAGCCCUCUUCACCCAGAAGUGAUGGACGAUGACGACGACGACAAUGACGAUGACGACUUAUCUCUCCAUCCCCUGCCCGUCACCCUUCACUUCGCUCCUCUCCUUUCCUGACGUCUUCAGAGACCAGCUCAGUUCUUGAGUGUUCUUGACGGCACUGGUGCUGUCCUUCAGGAGCUCAGAAAAGCAACUGAGCAUAUCCCAAACAGCCUCCUUUUCACUCACUCUUGUGGAAAUCUUUGGUGUAUCCAUCUCUCCCACUCUCUAUCUCACCAACACGAUGUACUGUCUGAAUAGAGAUAAGGAGGGAAGGCAAAGGAUUAAAAAAAGUAAGGCACAAGGAAAAUAAACACACACAUAACCACAUUUGUGUGUGUGUGUGUCCACAUAAAGAUGUGGGCAGUCACAUAUUCAUCUAUGUUAUAGAGAUGAAAGCAUAAGACUCUUCACGGACUCUUUCACACCACACGGUUUAACGCAGUACAAUACAACACAACAGUCAGAAAUUGACAUUUAACAUUUCACUUUGAACAUUGACUGAACAGAAGACUGGAACUGGAGCAGAGUGCAGUUUCAAGGACUUUUUGAGACUGAAGCCAUGCGUGAAACAUGUAGACAUCUUUUUUCUUAAAAAAAAAAAAAAAAAAAAGUUAAUUUUUCUAUGCUUUUUUUAAAAGCUCACUUUUUUCAAAGCAUGAGUCUGUGAUAACUGUGUCACACAUGGUAAUACAAAAAAACAUAUGACAAGAAGAAAAAGAAGAAAACGAAGAAAAAUAUAUGAAAAGUAGAAAAAGCAGAAAAAGAUGGAAAAUGUCCGGCGUGAAUGUAUAUAGCUCAACUUCCCUGUGCAUGCGAGUUUAAUGCCACAUGUCAUUUCUGCAUGCUGCUCCUCAAAAAAAGAAAAAAAAACUUUCCUUUUCUUUCUCACUUUCUCUUUUUUCCUAACCUUUAUCCUUCAUUUCUGCAGAGAAGUAGUUGGGAAGGAAGGAUAGGUCGAGGGGCUCUUUUGUAAAUGGAUCAGAUGUUUAGGGUCUCUCAUUAAAAGUUUCUGCCUUUUAA